AUGUCAGCAAAAAGAGGUCGUGGUGGUGUUGGAGGUGGAAAAUUUCGUAUUUCGCUAGGUUUGCCUGUGGGCGCCGUUAUCAAUUGUGCCGAUAAUACGGGUGCAAAAAAUUUAUUUGUGAUAUCAGUGAAAGGUUUUGGAGCAAGAUUAAAUCGUUUGCCAGCCGCAUGUGUCGGCGAUAUGAUUAUAACCACAGUGAAAAAAGGUAAACCCGAUUUACGUAAAAAAGUCAUGCCAGCCGUUGUUAUUCGUCAACGUAAACCAUUUCGACGAAAAGAUGGUACAUUCAUUUAUUUUGAAGAUAAUGCUGGAGUUAUCGUUAAUAAUAAAGGAGAAAUGAAAGGAUCAGCAAUAACAGGCCCAGUUGCCAAAGAAUGUGCCGAUUUAUGGCCACGUAUUGCGGCAAAUGCACAAUCAGUACCAUAUGGACGUUACAACUUGAAUGGAAGUGGCAUUCCAGCAAGACUGGCUUGGUUUUUACAAGAAAUACCGUGUGUUAUUGUACCGUUGAUUAUUUUAUACCAGACGUACGAUUUACAUUUAAAUAUAAAUGUAAUUAAUGUUUUAUUUAUGAUCUAUUUUCUUAUUCAUUACUUUCAAAGGGUAUUCAUUUUUCCAUUUUUGAUUCGUGGCGGUAAACCGUCAUCCAUCCAUACAACAUUACUCGCAUUUAUAUUCUGUUCUUUAAACAGUUAUAUGAUUGUAAAACAACUUUUAGUUUAUCAGACAUAUCCCGCACAUCACUGGUUCUCAAUUAAAUUUAUAUUAGGCACAUUCAUAUUUUUUACUGGUUUCAUAUGGAAUAUUCAAUCAGAUGCUAUUCUUCGUAAUUUACGUAAAGAUAAUGAAACUGAUUAUAAAAUUCCCAGAGGUGGUCUAUUUGAAUAUGUAUCUGGUGCAAAUUUUUUUGGUGAAUGUGUUGAAUGGACUGGUUUUGCACUAGCUACAUGGUGUUUACCAACAUUAGCAUUUUCUAUAUUCACUUGGGUAUUCACGGGUACACGUGCUAUACAUCAUCAUCGAUAUUAUCUUGAAAAAUUUAAAGAUUCUUAUCCAAAAAAUCGAACUGCGUUGAUACCAUUUAUUUUGUAA